AUGCCCGUGGUGGUUGUGGGGGUGGCAACUGAUGACUUGCUACACGGCGGAACGUCCCGCCACUGGAGCAACAUCGAACAGAUUGCCAAGGAGUACCUUUUUGGAAAGAACCAGACAAAGAGUGGCCGGUUCUGUGGCAAGGACAUCAGCUUACAGGAGGACGGCUCCAUCCUGAUUGACCAGGAGUUCUACGUGAAGGACAAGGUCUUCAAGAAUGUCGUCUCGAAAGCCCGGAAGCAACAGAGAUACUCCAGGUGCACCGAGAACGAGAUUGACCAGCUGCGGAGUCAACUGGGCAUUUUGUCAUGGCUCUCCAAGGAGACAAGGUGCGACCUGGCAGGACGCGUGUCCCUGCUGCAGCAGUCCUUUCCAUCACCACGCGUGAUGGACCUACUGGAGGGGAACAAGAUCGCCGACGAGACCGUGAAGCACGCAGCCUUGGGCAUCAAGGUGAUGCCCAUCCCCUGGAAGGACCUACGGAUGUCUACGGUGACAGACGCCGCCUGGGGAAACGCCAAGGAAACACCUUGGCUUGAGGACCAUCCAGAUGAUUACUGGAAGGAGACCGACAAGGAAUGGAUUCGCUACCACGUCCACCCAAGAAGGACGACUUUCCAUCCUGGAGCAUGCCAAGGCGGACCCGACCUGCACGACAUCCACGGUCAGCGAACUACGAAGGCCUGGCGUGCUGACGACCACAAGCACGAGGUGACCGAGGACGUGUGGUACGACCAAAAGGGAAUCAGGGGACUCCGAGAGACACCGUGGACUGGAUGUACAGUGUUUCAAAAGUCCACCCCUGGCAAAGGAGUGCCUGCAAGCAAGAUUCACAGCAGCCUGUGUCAACUGCAGAACUUGAGCAGUCAAGGAGGUCAGAUCGUGAUCUAUCACGACGCGGCCCUAGCAAGCUCCGGAAAGCCGGAGAGAACUACGAUCGCCGCUUGGCGCAGCUUUCGCUCGAAGCGCAAGGUUGUAGACACCCUUGCAGCGGAGGGCCAAGCUCUCCAAGCAGGGAUAGGGUCGGUGCAUUGGCACCGUCUUCUUUUCAUGGAGGCUUUCCACCGCAUGUUGUCCCCAAGCGAUUGGAGAGCUCACGCAGAUUUGCAGGAGACCUCAGGCUCCAUACGCUGGAUAGAUACUCGUGCUAUGCUGGCUGAUCCUCUGACGAAGUGCCACCCCGGUGAUUACUUGCGUUACGUCAUGGGUUGUGGCUACUGGUCGGUUGUUGAAGAAGGCGUGGCAUUGCAGCGCAAAGCGCUCGAAAGACAGCAGAAGCACGAGACAAACGCGAUCGCCAACGGAUGUUGGCUCAAGUGCGGCUACAUGGAAAAGGCAUGCCGCGAGCACAGGGGACCACUGUCGUCGGCACUCGGCCCCGCCCUCUGCAUCACCUGCCUUCAGUUCGUCCUCGUGCGACUGCCAGCCCGACUCCGCAGAUUUUUCGGGAUCUACAUGACCGACAGCAUGAGGGGAAACCAGCAGCCCCGCCGCGAGGAUCAGCGCACACAGCGCUCCCCCUGGCCUUCUUUUGCCAAUAGCCCUGCCCUCCAAUGGAAUCAGGGCCAGCCGACUGCCAAUGUGACCAACCUCUCAGCCAUGGGACGUAUGAAUGCUGGCCUUUCGGGUCCCCUAGCCUUGGACCCUGAUACCAGCUCUGCCUACGAUGCUCUGCAGCCACAGCCUUCUACCCAGGACUUCAGCCAGGAGCCCACUGACGAGCCGACAGUGCAGUCCCUUGCCGAUCGCCUAAGAUCUUUAGAAUCUCGCAUCGGUAUUUUGGAAGCCGACCGCCGUGGCGCGCAGCAAGCCUUGUGGCACCAUAGCCGUCGAGCUCAUGAGCAGCCGCGCCUUCGGUGCCUUCUUUCGCCCUGGGUCUUUAUCAGUGCCAAGAUAGACGCCGUUAGGAUCCGCUUGGACCAGACUUACGCCAGGGUAGCCGGGCUGCUCUUGACACUUCAGCAAGCCUUCCCCACGAUAGCCGUCUACUUUACAGAGGCAGCCGUCGACGCCUGCCAGUACCAAGGACCUUCAGCCUUGUUGGACUCCGAAGGAGAUCCAGAAGCAUAG